CUUGACAGGACAGAGGUGAUCAAGAGCAACCUGCACCCGGUCUUUGCCAAGGUCUUCACCCUGGACUACUACUUUGAGGAAGUGCAGAAGCUGCGGUUCGAGGUCUACGACAUCCAUGGCACCCACAGUAUUGGCACCCGCGAUGACGACUUCCUGGGUGGGGUGGAGUGUACGCUCGGCCAGGUCCUGUACUGAAUGUCUGACCCUUCCACUCAGUUAUCCAAUGUAUCAUUUCUUAUGUCUAAUCAAAUCACUCACCACACAUAAACUGAAUGGAACAGAGAGCCACUGUAUGAUCAGUGUGCCGAGCUGCUGCUUACCAACAACACUUACUUAGUAGAGGUCAGAGGGUAAAGGUUAGAGGUCACCAAUCCUCCUCAUACUGCUCUCAAACUGCUUUCAUACUAAUUGUCCUGUAAUACACUGCUUCACUAGUCACCAGUCAUUCAUAGUUUUCCUGUGUCCACAGAUUGUAGCCCAGAAGAAGAUGAUGAAGCCUUUAUUCCUAAAGUACGCAAAGUACGCUGGGAAAUCCACCAUCACGGUAGGGUUCACCUAUUCAUCAUCCUAUUGAUCUCACUCCCAGCUCACCAUUGGCUCACUGUUGCAGUAACAGUGGCAAGCAAAAUCAAAUGUAAUGACUUGUUAAAUCAAUUCAAGCAAUUAAAGCAAAGUAGCUGAUGUGAAUCCUGUGAUGUAAGGAUGCUUCUCUGUACAAAGAAUCAUGACUCAUAUACAAUAUCUGUGAUGACAAAGAGAGGGGGACGUUAAAACACAGUGUGUUAUUUCUGUUGGAUGGUCUCAACACCAUCUGCCAGGCCAACAUUACAUUGCCAUACAAAAGGGUACAACACAGAGAAACUGUGUUUAACAAGCCUGCAAAUCUGACCUUCAGUGGAGUGGGAGGAAGAGUCAGUGUUCCUCACUGCUCUGUUAAGUCAGAGGUGCAGAGUCUCUCUGAUCUCUCAGUGCCUUCUUCUACUGUAGAGAUGAGAGGAGAAAAGAGAAGGGGUUUUGCCCAAGCAGUGAAUCAGAUAAUGGGAACAACAGACAUUUCGCCUUAUUGAUACGCAUAAAUUGUCCUUCGAGAGAAGGGCUGAGAAUGACUUGCUUGUGAUGGAAAUGGUCAAAGUAAAGAUGGUAUUUGAGGAUCUUUCCCUUUGGCUAGUGUUGCCAUUAUGACCAUUGAUUGGAUGUGAUCACGUGAUGGCAGCUUGCUGUGAGGCGGUUAUGGGGGAUAUAAUGGGUUUGUUUAAGCACAGUCCUGUAGCAGUGUGGGCUUAAUGCGUUCUAGUGAAUUAGUGAUAACCUGUGUCAUGGCGUUUCUGAAAAUGGCUUUUACUGAUAUGAUAAUGGCCCUGGGCUUUGUCAGGUCUGUCUGUGAGAUGGAUCCCAAUGGCAUGGUGUCUGCCUGUAAUGUGCCUGCAGGCUAAUCUGGAAGGUGGCAGAACAACAGACAACUGUUGUGUUUUGUGUGAUAAAUUGCUCCCCAGUGUUUGUAACACAUCUCUCAGAUGUCCAUCAUGCACAUGGGGACAUGGGAUGUGGAGAAAAGUUGAUAAAAUGGUAGGGAUUAAGGUACCAUUGUAUGCAGUUACUGUGGCUCCCACUGGCAAGCAUCAAUAGCCAAUAGUCUUCGAACUGAAACGUUCAUAGCCGGGCCACAAUCCAAUACACAAUACACAUUAUGCCUACACAACACUCACCAGGACAAUGGCACCAUGAUAUGAGAUACAAUAAAUAAUUUUCAUCCAAGAUUCAUACUGUACAUACAGAAAGCUUGACAAGCUGCUGAUACGACACAGGCACCAAGUGUUAUAGCUUUACUAUGUUGUAUUAUUGAUAAGCUUAGAGACCCAUAGAGUUUGUUUCUGGACCAUUGCCACACUUUUGUUUGAAUUACAGAAACCAUAUACUUUACUGUAGAACAUUUCUUGUUGUUUUGAGUCAACAGAUGUUGUUCAGCUUUAAUUUAUUUAGGCUGUAUAUCAUUAUUGUAGCAGUCGUGCAUUUUAACACAGAUAAAGUCCUCUUUUAUAGACUGCACUUGAUUCACUGGCUUACCGGCGUAUAAUGACACUUAUUUAGGAGGUGAGGGGCUAUAAAGGGCCAACACAAUUUGUCCUAAUGUGCUGAGAUGACUUGUAACCUUCUAACUGUUCGACAGGAGGGAUUCUGAAGGUGAGCAGAACUCAUUGUAAUGGGCUCAUUGUAGUGUAUCUGGAACUCUUUGGGCCCUGACCACACCAAGUUCCCCUCUCCCCUCUCCCUUCUCCCCAAGUUCCUCUCUCCCCUCUCCCUUCUCCCUAAGUUCCCCUAUCCCUCUCCCCUCUCCCUAAGUUUCCCUCUCCCUCUCCCCUCUCCCAUCUCCCCUCUCCCUUCUCCCUAAGUUCCUCUCUCCCUAAGUUCCCAUCUCUCCUCUCCCCUCUCCCUCUCCCUUCUCCCUAACGUCCUCUCUCCCUAAGUUCCUCUCUCCCCUCUCCCCUAUCCCUUCUCCCUAAGUUCCUCUCUCCCCUCUCCCUAAGUUCCUCUCUCCCUAAGUUCCCCUCUCCCCUCUCCCUUCUCCCUAAAUUCCCUCUCUCCCCUCUCCCUAAUUCCUCUCUCCUAAGUGUCCCGCAUCUCCCCUCCUCCCUCUCCCUAGUUCCUCUCAUCCCUAAGUGUCCCCUCUCUCCUCUCCCCUCUCCCUCGCCCUUCUCCCAUGUCCUCUCUCCCUAAGUUCCUCUCUCCCCUCUCCCCUAUCCCUUCUCCCUAAGUUCCUCUCUCCCCUCUCCCUAAGUUCCUCUCUCCCUAAGUUCCCCUCUCCCCUCUCCCUUCUCCCUAAAUUCCUCUCUCCCCUCUCCCUAAGUUCCUCUCUCCCUAAGUUCCCCUCUCCCCUCUCCCUUCUCCCUAAGUUCCUCUCUUCAUUGUCAGGGAAACAAGUUUACAUUGCCAAAGCAAGUGAAAUAAACAAUAAACAAAAGUGAGAAGACACAAAACAACAUCAACCAAAAACUAUUAGAAUUUAACAGAAAAUAUUGAACUCAAAAUGGUUUCAAAAAUAUAAAAACAUUUCAAGUGUUAUAUUACCAGCUAUGUACAGUGUUUUAGCAAUGUGCCAAUAGUUGUAGUACGAGUAGUAGUGGAAGAUAAAUAAACAGAUAUUGGUGGUAUUUACAGUGUUGUUUGAGCUCCACUGGUUGCCCUGUUUUCAUGGUAACGGGCCACAAAUCUUGCUGCUGUGAUUGCACACUGUAGUAUUUUGCCUAACAGAUAUGGAAGUUUAUCAAUGUUUGAUGUGUUUUCAAAAUCUUUGUGGGUCUGUGUGAUCUGUGGUAAAUAUGUAUCUCUAAUGUGGUCAUACGUUUGGCAGAAGGUCAGGAGGUGCAGCUCAGUUUCCACUUCAUUUUGUGGGUAGUGAGAACAUAGCCUGUCUUCUCUCGAGAGCCAGGUCUGCCUAUGGCGGCCUCUCCCAAUAGCAAGGCUAUGAUCACUGAGUCUGUGCAUAGUCAAGGAUUUUCUUCAUUUUGGGUCAGUCACAGUGGACAGGUAUUCUGCCAAUGUGUACUCUCUGUUAAGGGCCAGAUAGCAUUCCAAUUUGCUCUGUUUUUCGGUUGAUUCUUUCCAGUGUAUAAUGACACAUGUGUCAAAUAGUUAUCUUUUUGUUUUCUCAUAAUUUGGUUGGGUUUAAUUGUGUUGCUGUCUUAGGGCUCUGUGGGGUCUGUUUGUGUUUGUGAAUAGAGCAACAUAACCAGCUGGCUGAGGGGACUCUUCUCUAGGUUCAUCUCUCUGUAGGUGAGGGCUUUGUGGUGGAAUGUGUGGGCAUUGCUUCCUUUUAGGCGGUUGUAGAAUUUAACAGCUCUGCAUGCAUUGUUUGGGGUUUUGCGUUGUACACAAAGUAUAUGUUUAGCAGAAUUCUGUAUGUAGAGUCUCAAUUGGGUGUUUGUCCUGUUUUGUGAAUUCUUGGUUGGUGAGUGGACCCCAGACCUCACAACCAUAGAGAGCAAUUGCUUCUAUAACUGAUUGAAGUCUUUUUAGCCAGAUCCUAAUUGGGAUGUCGAGUUGUAUGUUCCUUUUGAUGGCGUAGAAGGCCCUUCUUGCCUUAUCUGUUAGAUCGUUCACCACCUUGUGGAAGGUACCUAGUCUGUCUUGUUGAUGUUUAGGCCGAGGUAGGAAUAGUUAUUUGUGUACUCUAGGGCAAAGGUGUCUAGAUAGAAUUUGUAUUUGUUGUCCUGGUUAAGGGACCUUAUUUUUCUCUUUACUGAGAUUCACUGUCAGGGCACAGGUCUCACAGAAUCUGUGCAGAAGAUCUAGGCGCUGCUGUAGGCCCUGCUUGGUUGGGGACAGAAGCACCAGAUCAUCUGCAAACAGUAGACAUUCUCUCUUGUACCUCAGACACAAAGAACAUUUGUGUUUUUUUUAGCAAAACUUAGCUUGUCUGUAAUAUUCAUUUAAAUAUGCAGAAUAAUACACUUUUUUGCGAUUAGUACAUUCCUUUUGGGGGCCAACCAAAUGGUCUUGUGGACUAACUUUGGACCCAGAUCCCAUGCAGUCGUUUGGCCAGCUCUGUAUUACAGUAAUGGAACCACAUUCGUUUCUGGGCUUGAGGGAGCUUUCUGUUGAUGUUUAAAAGUAAUAACACUCCUCAACAUUUUAUGUGACAUAUUUAGAUUGGCUUCAAGGUCCUGUCCACAUUACAUUUACAUUCACGUCAUUUAGCAGACGCUCUUAUCCAGAGCGACUUACAAAUUGGUGCAUUCACCUUAUAGCCAGUGGGAUAACCACUUUACAAUAUGUUAUUUUUUAUUAAAUUUUUGGGGGUGGGGUAAGGGGGGGUAGAAGGAUUACUUUAUCCUAUCCCAGGUAUUCCUUAAAGAGGUGGGGUUUCAAGUGUCUCCGGAAGGUGGUGAGUGACUCUGUCGUCCUGGCGUCGUGAGGGAGCUUGUUCCACCAUUGGGGUGCCAGAGCAGUGAACAGUUUUGACUGGCCUGAGCGGGAACUGUGCUUCUGCAGAGGUAGGGGGGCCAGCAGGCCAGAGGUGGAUGAACGCAAUGCCCUCGUUUGGGUGUAGGGACUGAUCAGAGCCUGAAGGUACGGAGGUGCCGUUCCCCUCACUGCUCCGUAGACAAGCACCAUGGUCUUGUAGCAGAUGCGAGCUUCAACUGGAAGCCAGUGGAGUGUGCGGAGGAGCGGGGUGACGUGAGAGAACUUGGGAAGGUUGAACACCAGACGGGCUGCGGCAUUCUGGAUGAGUUGUAGGGGUUUAAUGGCACAGGCAGGGAGCCCAGCCAACAGCGAGUUGCAGUAAUCCAGACGGGAGAUGACAAGUGCCUGGAUUAGGACCUGUGCCGCUUCCUGUGUAAGGCAGGGUCGUACUCUCUGAAUGUUGUAGAGCAUGAACCUACAGGAUUGGGUCACCGCCUUGAUGUUAGCGGAGAACGACAGGGUGUUGUCCAGGGUCACGCCAAGGCUUUUUGCACUCUGGGAGGAGGACACAACAGAGUUGUCAACCGUGAUGGCGAGAUCAUGGAACGGGCAGUCCUUCCCCGGGAGGAAGAGCAGCUCCGUCUUGCCGAUGUUCAGCUUGAGGUGGUGAUCCGUCAUCCACACUGAUAUGUCUGCCAGACAUGCAGAGAUGCGAUUCACCACCUGGUUAUCAGAAGGGGGAAAGGAGAAGAUUAGUUGUGUGUCGUCUGCGUAGCAAUGAUAGGAGAGGCCAUGUGGGGAUAUGACAGUGCCAAGUGACUUGGUGUAUAGCGAGAAUAGGAGAAGGCCUAGAACUGUUCCCUGGGGGACACCAGUGGUGAGAGCACGUGGUGCAGAGACAGAUUCUCGCCACGCCACUUGGUAGGAGCGACCUGUCAGGUAGGACGCAAUCCAAGAGUGAGCCGCGCUGGAGAUGCCCAACUCGGAGAGGGUGGAGAGGAGGAUCUGAUGGUUCACAGUAUCAAAGGCAGCAGACAGGUCUAGAAGGACAAGAGCAGAGGAGAGAGAGUUAGCUUUAGCAGUGCGGAGAGCCUCCGUGACACAGAGAAGAGCAGUCUCAGUUGAAUGACCAGUCUUUAAACCUGACUGGUUUGGAUCAAGAAGGUCAUUCUGAGAGAGAUAGCAAGAGAGUUGGCUAAAGACGGCACGCUCAAGAGUUUUGGAGAGAAAAGAAAGAAGGGAUACUGGUCUGUAGUUGUUGACAUCGGAGGGAUCGAGUGUAGGUUUUUUGAGAAGGGGUGCAACUCUCGCUCUCUUGAAGACGGAAGGGGUCUCUGGAAAUGGUCUGGAGAAGAGAGGAGGGGAUAGGGUCAAGCGGGCAGGUUGUUGGGCGGCCGGCCAUCACAAGUCGCAAGAUUUCUUCUGGAGAGAGAGGGGAGAAAGAUGGGGGGGAUUCAGCAGGGAGGAGAAGGUGGCAAAGAGCUUCCUAGGGUUAGAGGCAGAUUCUUGGAAUUUAGAGUGGUAGAAAGUGGCUUUAGCAGCAGAAGCAGAGGAAGAAAAUGUAUAGAGGAGGGAGUGAAACGAGAGCGAGAGAGAAAAGGAUACAAAGUAGUGGAGGGGAGUUGCAGUGAGAUUAGUAGAAGAACAGCAUCUAGUAAAGAUGAGGUCAAGCGUAUUGCCUGCCUUGUGAGUAGGGGGGGACGGUGAGAGGGUGAGGUCAAAAGAGGAGAGGAGUGGAAAGAAGGAGGCAGAGAGAAAUGCGUGAAGGUAGACGUAGGGAGGUUAAAGUCACCCAGAACUGUGAGGGGUGAGCCAUCCUCAGGAAAGGAACUUAUCAAGGUGUCAAGCUCAUUGAUGAACUCUCCAAGGGAACCUGGAGGGCGAUAAAUGAUAAGGAUGUUAAGCUUGAAUGGGCUAGUGACUGUGACAGCAUGGAAUUCAAAUGAGGAGAUAGACAGAUGGGUCAGGGGAAAAAGAGAGAAUGUCCACUUGGGAGAGAUGAGGAUUCCUGUGCCACCGCCGCGCUGACCAGAUGCUCUCGGGGUAUGCGAGAACACAUAGUCAGACGAGGAGAGAGCAGUAGGAGUAGCAGUGCUUUCAGUGGUAAUCCAUGUUUCCGUCAGCGCCAAGAGGUGAGCAUAGGCCGAGAUGAACUUUGCCUUGUUGGCCGCAGAACGGCAGUUCCAGAGGCUGCCAGAGACCUGGAACUCCACGUGGGUCGUAAUAUCUCUGUAUUUUUCCUUCUCUCCCUCCACAUGUCAUAUGACAGGCUGUCUGCCUCCGGAAAAUAACAUAUAGUCAUUGGGCAAAAAUUUUACUUACACAUUUUUUUUUUCUUUCAGGUACAUGCUGAAGAAAUUUCUGGCAACAAUGGAUAUGUUGAACUGUUCUUCUGUGCCAAGAAACUGGAUGAUAAGGUAAGGGAUUAUGGGCCUUCUCUUGAUGGAAAUGCCAAUAUAGAUCAUGGGUGAAUUUGUGUUUGCUGGCUGUUGAACCUCUCUCCUGUGAAUAUGAUUUCAAGAUUGUAUCUAUCUCUUUUUGACAUAAUCAGUAAUUAAUCAGACAAGAAAGAUUUAAACAAUGAUGAUAUAGAUUUUCUACACUUAUAAAUGCAACAUUUAUUUAGAUCCAUAUGCUUCACACUGUAGUUACUGGAGGCAUAUGACAUAAAGGCAUACAACAUACAUUUAAGCAUUUGUUCUAUUAAGUCUGAAUUGAACUUGGCUUUCUGUAAAUGCUGCUUCCCCGUUGAGACAAGCAUUGUGAGAAUGGUGUGUCAUGGACUCUUGACAGAGAGCAAGAGGAAUAUGAGGGUGAGAUCAGUGUGAGGUUUGCUUAGUUCAGUGUGUUUGUUUGUGUGUUUGUGUGUGUGUGCUUUCGUGCGUGCGUGUGUGUAAGGGGUGUUACUGCGUGGUUCUCUGUUUGCAAACAGCCCCUCCACACAAAGCAUCCCACAAUGCACCACUGGCCCUGAAGCUCUGCAGGUGUCUGUUCUUCCUACAACAGCAACAAGCCGUACCCAAGCGCCUCUGCGCUUAUCCUCCCACUCUCUCUCUCUCUCUCUCUCGCAAAUCUAUCUCCUUGUCUCUCAGCUAAUAUCUCUGUCUUUUUCCUUCUCUCCCUCCUUUUCUCUGCAUAUCUCUCAGGGUCUUCCUCCCUCUCACUUUGUCUGCCUCAGGCUAAAACAUACUCUGAGUGAUUAUCUGCAAUAUAUGAAAACAAAACACAUACACACACACACACACACACACACACACACACACACACACACACACAUAUACAUAUAUAUAUAUAUAUAUAUAUAUAUAUAUAUAUAUAUAUAUAUAUAUAUAUGUAUAUGUAUAUGUAUAUGUAUAUGUAUAUGUAUAUGUAUAUGUAUAUGUAUGUAUGUAUGUAUGUAUGUAUGUGUUUUGUUUUCUACCAUUCCAUUUUUGUCUGCCAUUUAUGAAUUUACGCAUUUCAAGUAGCCUGGCUCUGAAAGGCUGCCUUGCAAUAUCCAAAGGACAUGAUCGACCUGUCCUUUUCAACUCUAAAUUCCUGCGCCCUCACACAAGAUGAGGAAAUCAAUCCAACAUGGGGCUCUCUGUGCAAAGACGGCACAGACAGCGGUAGUUUUUCAAUAAAUGUAUUGACGGAGAAAAGCUAUGGACAAUGCAUGGUGAGCUCAGAAAGAGGGAGUUUGUUGUCGGUAGAGCAUUUAGGAGUGUUACGAAAGAUAUUUGGCACCAGAUUUUGGGAGCUGGAGCACUGAGGCACCUACAGCAGAGCUGGCACACCCACACAAGGCUCAAGGCAGAAGGUUCAUAUCUCAGUCAACAAGACUGGAAUAACUCUCUGACAUCAAUGAUUAUAGCAGAAAUCUUCUUCCUGCCUCUCUAUGCUCUCAGAAUGCUACCAAGCAAAGGGUGCAAUUGGCCUCGGACUCUACGCAGUGUUGGAGAAAGUUAACAGGGAGUGGAGGUAAAGUUCUGCUUAGUGUGUAUUCAUCAGAGCAGAGCCCAGGCUCGUUUGUAAUGCAUUUAUUAGAAUUAGCAAUUUACAGUCCUUUUGAUUGGCUGAUUGGACCUAACCCAAUAGAAAAAGGGUAAUGAUGAGCAAUUCCAUGUGGAAAUAAAAACAUAUUUCUAAUUGCACUGUUUGUGAUUUAGACACAAAUAAUAUUGCUAAUCGAAUCUUCAGUGUACAUUGGAGGCAGGGAAACUCAUCAAUGGUGGUAUGGUGUGGUUUAAAACAUUCUCUUUCCUUGUCUUAUUGACAUGAUUACAUUUGAGAUGCCCGAGCCUGUCAGCAAACUACUUUAACUCUACACUCUUAGAAAAAGGGUUCCAAAAAGGUUAUUCGGCUGUCCCCAUAGGAGAACCCUUUUUGUGAUCCAGGUAAAAGCACUUUCUGGUUCCUGGUAGAACCAUUUGGGGUUUCAUGUAUAACCCUCUGUGUAAAGGGUUCUACAUGGAACCCAAAACGGUUCUACUUGGAACCAAAAGGAUUCUACCUGGAAUCAAAAAGGGUUAUUCAAAGGGUUAUCCUAUUGGGAAAGCUGAAGCACCCUUUUAGGGGGGGGGGGGGGGGGAGUCAGAGAGGGGGAGAUGGAAAGUGGGAGAGAGAGGGGGGGGGAGAAACAGAGAGGGAGGGAGAGAGAGCGGGAGGUAGAGAAAGAGAGAGAUGUGGGGGGAUGGCCACAUGCUCAGGCAGAUUAAUUGCCAGGCUACUAUCUUUGUAUGGAAUCUGUCCGUUCCAAUGACUUUGAGGAUCCCAUUACACUGAGAGAUAUGACUCUAAUAGACUAUGCACAUGAUCUAUACCACACAGGCUAUAAAUACUGCCUGCUUCACAAUGGCGAUCAGCUGUGCUAAGGCACUUAAUAUUGUAGUUGAUUUACCAGCACAAUGGUUGAUGGCUCAGACAAAAUACCUUUUCAAAGGUUUGCAUUUAAAUGUCUUGAAUGUUUAACCUUUUGUUUUCAAAGUACUUAAGAAGUGAGAUUCGUAGAAAUUAUAUAUUUAUUGAAGUUGCAAAGAGUUGCUGUGACAACCACAGUAUGCCCAACAUGGAUCAGGCAAUUAUAUAAUACUGAAAUGCUGCCUGAAACGCUAUCCAAGGUACUGAACAAACUGUUGGAGGACAUUAUGGAACUUAGAACAUUAUUAAACUCAGUAGACCGUGCUGGUCAAAGGUAUAGGUAACUUAAUUAAUGGUGCUGAUUAUAUAUGUGGUGAGAGCUGUUAUUGCUGGACAGGGAUUAAAUGUUGACAGACAAAUGCACUUGCAAUGCACGUCAGUCCACAGGGACGCCGCUGGCAAAGGUUGCCUUGACAACAAGAUGGGGGAGCUACCUCCCUUGCUUUCCUCCCUGGCUGUCCCUGUGGAGAUGUAUCAGGCUAAUGUGCCCCCCUCUCACUCUCUCUCACACACUCUCUCUCCCUUCCUUCCUUUCUCUAACACUCUCUCACACACAGACACUACACAAUGUACAGAAAUACUGAAGAAUCAAUUGACCCAAAUAAGCUGUAGAUGCUCUCAGCCUUAACUUGCGACUCAAUGUCAAAUGACUCUUUCACACCUUUUUCCUGAUUUGAUUUGUCACGGCAGUGAACAAUGCACCACAUGCACAGGCAGGGGACAAGCUGUGUCAAAUGUAGCACCAGGAGGACCAAGCUGACAUGAUGGCAUCUGUGUACGUGUGAUUUCAGGGACCUGUUUGUUGUUUGAUUGUUUGAGAUAAAUGAAUUUCUCAACCAGGAUUAGUGUUUUAUGUUUGACUGGUUUGUAUAUUUGGCAGGAUCUCUUCAGUAAGUCAGACCCCUUUUUGGAAAUAUAUCGAAUCAACGAUGAUGGGACGGAACAGCUCGUUCACAGAACUGAGGUAAUAGACCCAUUCAUUCCUCCUCUCUGUAUCUACCUCUCCUUCUCCAUGUGUGGUGAAAGUUACUCAUGUCUAAUGUACUCUUGCUGUUGCAGGUGAUCAAAAACAACCUGAACCCCGUGUGGGAGCCCUUUAAAGUGUCUCUCAUCUCUCUGUGUAGCUGUGAUGAGGACAGGAAGCUCAAGGUAAGAAACACAGGAAGUCAUAGUGUGAUGGUUUUACAUUGCUGCUGUGGUAUUGAUGAAUGAAUGAACGAACUGGUGAAUGAACUAACUUACUGGUGAAUGAACAGUAAAUAUUAGAGGGUUCUGUAUGUCACUGUCUGGUUGUGUCACAGUGUCUAGUUUGGGAUUACGACUCCAGAGGAAAACACGACUUCAUCGGAGAGUUUUAUGCCACCUUCCGAGAAAUGCAGAAAAUUGGCGGUGGAAGCAAGGUCAGUCGAAAGGAGAGAGAGUGCUGUCAGUCACUGUUGAAUGUUUGAUGUGUGUCACUGAUGUGCCACUUAGUGCAUUCGGAAAGUAUUUAGGCCCCUUGACUUUUUGCACAUUGUUACGUUACAGCCUUAUUCUAAAAUGGAUUAAAUAUGUACAAAGCGAAAACAGGUUUUUUGAAAUGUUGGCAAAGGUGCAUCCUGUUUCCAUUGAUCAUCCUUGAGAUGUUUCUACAACUAGUUUGGAGUCCACCUGUGGUAAAUUCAAUUGAUUGGACAUGAUUUGGAAAAGCACACACCUGUCUAUAUAAGGUCCCACAGUUGACAGUGCAUGUCAGAGCAAAAACCAAGCCAUGAGGUCGAAGGAAUUGUCCGUAGAGCUCCGAGAUAGGAUUGUGUUUAGGCACAGAUCUGGGGAACGGUAUCAAAAAAUGUCUGCAGCAUUGAAGGUCCCCAAGAACACAGUGGCCUCCGUCAUUCUUAAAUGGAAGAAGUUUGGAACCACCAAGACUCUUCCUAGAGCUGGCCGCCCGGCCAAACUGAGCAAUCGGGGGAGAAGGGCCUUGGUCAGUCUGACAGAGCUCCAUAGUUUCUCUGUGGAGAUGGGAGAACCUUCCAAAAGGACAACCAUCUCUGCAGCACUCCACCAAUCAGGCCUUUAUGGUAGAUUGGCCAGAUGGAAGCCACUCCUCAGUAAAAGGCACAUGACAGCCCGCUUGGAGUUGGCCAUAAGGCACCUAAAGGAUUCUCAGACCAUGAGAAACAAGAUUAUCUGGUCUGAUGAAACCAAGAUUGAACUCCUUGGCCUGAAUGCCAAGCGUCACGUCUGGAGGAAACCUGGCACCAUCCCUACAGUGAAGCAUCGUGGUGGUAGCAUCAUGCUGUGGCAAUGUUUUUCAGUGGCAGGGACUGGGAGACUAGUCAGGAUCGAGGGAAAGAUGAACGGAGCAAAGUACAGAGAGAUCCUUGAUGAAAACCUGCUCCAGAGCGCUCAGGACCUCAGACUGGGGCGAAGGUUCACCUUCCAACAGGACAACGACCCUAAGCACACAGCCAAGAAAACGCAGGAGUGACUUCGGGACAAGUCUCUGAAUGUCCUUGAGUGGCCCAGCCAGAGCCCGGACUUGAACCCGAUCGAACAUCUCUGGAGAGACCUGACAGAGCUUGAGAGGAUCUGCAGAGAAGAAUGGGAGAAACUCCCCAAAUACAGGUGUGCCAAGCCUGUAGCGUCAUACCCAAGAAGACUCAAGGCCAAACGUGCUUCAACAAAGUACUGAGUAAAGGGUCUGAAUACUUAUGUAAAUGUGAUAUUUCAGUUUAUUUCAUAACUCAUAACUAUGUUUCUGUAUGAUCUGUCUACCUCUUGUAUUGAAGGUCACAUGGGAUUGCAUGAAUCCAAAGUACAAACUGAAGAAGAAGAACUACAAAAACUCUGGGGUGGUCAUCCUCAGUGAUCUCAAGGUUAGAGCCAACCGUUUCAGCUCCUGCUCAGCAACUCUCCACUAUCUAAUACAUAGAGAAUCAUCCCCAUCUCUGUGAUAUUCUGUUGUACUCUCUCACAACAUGUACACAUAGUGCUAAUUCGUAAUUAAUUUGUACUGCUCAUUUUAGAAAUGUGUUCAUACUCAGUUUACUGUCCACCCCCGCUACCCAAUUCUGUAAAUGACUACAUCUGUGGAUGGCUGUCACCAUUCUUUCCCCCUAUGUUUUUAGUUCACAGGUCUUUUAAAAAGGAAACGUUUUUUAUUGGUAUAGCUGUUUUUGUGUCUCUUGGGCCUACUGUUUAGGCAGUUUAUCAUUUAGAUUAUUUUAUUUGGAUUCAUUAGUUUACUGGGGCCCAGCUCAUUUGAUUGCCGCUGUCUCAGUUUGAAUCCCCUGUCGCCACCACUGGGUGUGUGAUCUCUAACGGGCAUGCAGAUCACACACUGCACAUCACAGAGCUGCUGCCUUCAGACUAAAUUAAAUCAUCACCAUUCUCCAUUUUCAUGCUUACUACAUAAUGUUUGUUUAACAGUAGUUGCUACUGAGUAGUGGUUUAAUAACAGUUUUAAAAUACAUGUUCUUUUGUAAAUGGAACAGCCAUUGGUUAAAACUGGAAUCCAUCUAAAAACAUUGAGUACUCCACCAAAUCCGAACCCCCACCCUCUGGGGUUUAGUUUAAAAGCUUCCUCUCUGUUCUGCAGCUUCACAGAGUGUAUUCCUUCCUGGACUACAUCAUGGGAGGAUGCCAAAUCCACUUUACAGUAAGUUGAGCAGCCAAUGUGUGCACUAGCAUGUCAUCAUCACUUAGCAGCGUGGUACAAUUCUAUGCUAACCUUCAAAGGUGUACGAUCCACUGACUGCCUACACAUUCAGUACAUAUUAAUGGUUGCUUGCCUUCGUUAAGGUGUUGGAAUAGACAAUAGGCCUAGAAUUUUAACCUGUGUUCCAUUUCCAGGCUACGUGCUGUGAUCAAGGCCAGUGUUUUGAUUAAAUGCUACAUUCUCUAAGUGUGAAACAUUACAUUCUGCAUUUUUUAACUAAUGAAACAUUACCCUGGUGACUGGCAUUUUCCGGUGUACCCGGAUACUUUUCUCACUGGAGGCUAGCUCCUUAGAAGGAUAAACUGAGGCAAUAAUUCAUAUUAAUUUAGGGGAACUGCUAUGUUAGGAGCACUGCUUCAUUGUUGCAUAGACAUCCUUUGGUAUCACUUACCACAGAUAUAGAACACUAUAGAAGUCCUUUGAUAAUGCACUAAUGAUUUAAAAAAAAAUACCUGCAGAAUAUUUGUUUGAUCAUUUCCCUUGUUGAGAAGUUCUGCAGUUCUCCCUGUGCUCGUAUCUUUAGCACUGCUGACGUCAAAGAAGUGAAAUAUCUAUGUCCUUGCCACUCCUUCUUACAUGCCCUCAAUGUAUCCUGCACAUAUGUUGGUCGUAUAAAAUGCUCUGAGAACAUCUGUUCAAUGACUGGACAUUAAAAUUGAAAUUUAACAGACGGCUUCAGCAAUGUUCAUUUACAUAUCUUAGAUAUCUUAGGUUUUCACCAUAUAUUAUACAGAUUCAUUUGCGUAAGCAGUUAUACAAUUAUGCUUGAGGACAUGAAAGCGAUGAUGUUACAGUAUUUAAGACUUUAUGAGGCUGCUCCCGGGUUGCAAAGUCAAGUCACUCAAUGACGCAGGCUCCAGACACUUACACAAUGGAAGUCAGUUGACAUGUCAUAAUCUUCCUCUAUAGAAACACAAGUUUGACAGAGAACUGUACAGAAUAGCCUGCUUCAACACAACCUGCAUUGACAGGUAGACCCUAGGUCUAGUGUUUAUGGUGUUUGGUUUUACUUGCAAUGUUUAGUGUCUUCUAUGAAUCUGUCAUUGCUCUAGGUGGCCAUUGACUUCACGGCCUCCAACGGAGACCCUCGGAACAGCUGCUCCCUACACUACAUCAACCCGUACCAGCCCAACGAGUAUCUGAAGGCUUUGAUAGCAGUGGGGGAGAUCUGUCAGGAUUAUGACAGGUUAGUCAGCACCACGGCUCUCUGCCCAGCCUUAGCCGGAUCUCUAUCCUGUGGGGCUGCUCUCUGUAUGUCUACCAAUGGGAAAUUGAACUUUUUACAUUUGGUAGAUGUCUCAUAAUGUACCGAGCCAGUGGCUCUACUUCAUCUAAUUCCAAGCCAUGAGGAUGUAAUGGAAAUCGUGGAAUAGAAUUCUGAGGAUUCUUUCUACUACUCACUGAAGCAUGAGUUGGAAAAUGAAUGAUAGAGUUGAACAAUUAUUACAAUGAUAAGGCCUUGAUUCAAUCAGAUCGAGUGAUAACUCACCUUGUUUUGGCAGUGUUGAAGGUGUAACUGCGGUUUCAGCUUGAAAAUAAGUGAGUGGCUGUUCUUGUGUGUUAAAAAUCACUCCCUUCCUAUUAUCCCUUACCGCGUUAGAAGUUCAAAACGGCGAUAGAAAGGGUGCAUGUUUUCAUGUUAAUUUGGAUUGGGAUAGGCUAUCAGUCUAAUGGGGGUGUAGACAAUAUAACAUCACGCAUUCGAGUGUCUGAACUUGUAAUGCGGCUGCAUGGGAUUUGUCAGAUAUAAAGUCGGGUGUGGUUUUGCUGCAUCCAAUGGCAGUGUCCGAGAUAAGGUAAGGAGCAGCUCUAAUGCAGUUCCACCUCUGACACCGCCAAAACAACCGCUAUGCGGAUGUCGGCUAGCAUGGAUCUGAUAGAAUCUAACCCUAAGUCAGCCACUUGAUGUCAUACAUUUCCUCCAUGAAAUCUAAGACUUCUGCCAGAUAAUACGAAACUGCAAAAAAAUAAAAAAACAUCCCAAAAAAUAGAAACAGUAAUUUUCACGCAUUAAUUAAAUUAUGGUCCAUCUGCAAUUAUCAUGCCCACUGCCAACAGGAGGAAAUUAGAGCAAACAAAUUGCUUUACACAGACAUUAGCAAUGCAUGAGGAGGCCCUGGGGAAAUCUCAGAUGAAGUUGCUUGGAGGCAGAAUCAGUGUUUGAGAUGAGGCUGGUCUGCUUAGAUUUACUGCUGCCGCUGCUUUCUGCUGCUGUUGUUGGAAUGGACACAGCAGGUUUUGUUCCACCCGUGGCAGCGGAUGCAGCAUGUCCUCUGUCCUGUGGUGCUCACUGCACCCUGUGAUAUCCUAUUCUGUCUCUGAGCCUGGCAAAGACUGCCUGUGCCUGACGGAGCGGCCAAAUCCCCCUCCAUGGCUGGCAGGGGAUCAUUAACCCGAUCCAGAGGAGAGGACACCCAACCUAGCGCAGUGUCACAGCAGCAUGGGCAGAGGCAGGGAGGGACAGUAGCAGCAUGGGCAGAGGCAGGGGUAGGGAGGGACAGAGGAAAGUGCAGAGGAGAGGCAACAGCAGAGCCAUGGGCAGCAGUGGAGAGAAGGCAGAAGAAGGAUGCACAGGGCUCUCAAGGGUUUGGGGAGAUAAUGGUUUCAAUGGCUGGGGAGAGUUGGAGCGACAGGCUGUAUAUUAUAAUUUGUGUGUGUGUCACAUUACUUUCUGUAUAUAGUAUUUGUUAAGGAUAUGUAAUUGACUGGUAUUAUAUUAUUGUUACAUUCCUCAUUUCUAAAUCACUAAUUCAAUAUUUAUUAUCGGAGGCAGUCUUGUCAGACACUGGUUAAUUAGUAACUAAUUAUUUUGAAUAUGGUCUAUUUUUGAGGAAAGAUCAUCUUGUCUGUCGGCACAGAGCCAAAUGAGGAUUUACACUGUGAAAUCAUGCCAGUGUUGGCUCCUCCUGUUGAAUGUGUGGAGAACGCUGGCUGCCUAAUUAAAGAAUACAAGAGAUAACUCUAGAACAGCAGAAGACGUGUUGGAGAGACACAAACUCUAGCUACCUGGAAAAGAGAUGUGUAGGUAGCUAACUCAGUUUGGUGUUGGGUGUCACGUACAUGCCUUUAGGUGUUGCGCCUACGUUACGUGUUGUGGGUUAUUUCUUCCCACAUCAGGCUGUUAUUAAGGUGCACAACGUGGGCUUGCAGGCCUCUUGUGGUGAAUAUCAGGUGAUGUGUGAUCACAUUUACAGAGUAGCAGCUGGAUUAGGAGCCGGGCACCUUUUGCUCUGAGUGGGAAGUGGCUGCGUUCUCCUACUGAGAGGGGAACGGGGCUCAGUGAAGACCCCCGCCUGCAAGAUCCGCUCUCACAUCAUGUCACGUGGAAGUGAAAAAGAGGUGCCACCGUGGAGCCCACACGUUGGUUCCAUCCUCAUUAACAGGCCUGGGAACAGCAUCACAUCUGGCUCUCCCACUCUUCUUACUGGUGUCACGUUGAAAUAUGGCUGUCUACCGGUUUGGCAGUCCUCCAGAGCAUGGCAGUCUGAAACAUAAAUAGUUCUCUACUUGGGACUUAUCACUUAGUAUACACAUGUACUGCUUAAGAAAACACUUUAGGAAACUAGACACAGAGGUAGACCACUACGCCACACACACUGAACCAACAUGUAGGUUGGGGCGGCAGGUAUCUUAGUAGUUAAGAGCGUUGUGCCAGUAACCGAAAGGUCGCUGGUUCUAAUCCCCAAGCCGACUAGGUGGAAAAUCUGUCAAUGUGCCCUUGAGCAAGGCACUUAACCCUAAUUGCUCCUGUAAGUCGCUCUGGAUAAGAGCGUCUGCUAAAUGACUAAAAAUGUAAAGUGUCAAUGUUGUGAUGUUUAAUCCAGGCUCAAUUGGAAAAAGCAUGAGAAUCCUAAAACGUUGAGCACAAUCAAAGAGAAUAUGUAUGUAACUUCACAGAAAGGCCACUUCCCAGAGAAUGUCUACUUUAUCUGAGGAAACCAUAGACAGACUUGAAAGCCAGUUUCUUUCACUCUGUGUAUGUGCUCGGUACCUGUGGCACCUCUACAUUUUCUCAAACACCAGGUUCUAUUCCCACAAAGUAUUAAAAGCACUCACUGAUAGAACAGAGAACCGCCAAGCAUCAGAACUAAGUAUUAGUAGCUCCAGUGGAAGCAUUUGUACAGCCUCUUCACUUGAUACUUCAGGAGCUUUGGAACAUAUUGACUGCAUUUGCGUCAGAGGAGAAAAGUAAGAUAAAUCGCUGAGGCAACUUUGAGAAGUUGUUUCAGGUCGAUCUCGCUGUUAUGUUAGAAUUAUAAGUCUGAUGUAUUGUAAUGAGCUUUCUGUUUUGACAAAACACCACGGACUAGAUAGAACAGAAAGAUACGAGACAAAUAAACAACAAGCACCAACAGCAAUAUGUAAAAGAUAGCUAUUCAAGGCAGAGAUAUCAGACAUCAGUGGUUGAGUGGUUUGAAUUGUAUUAGAGAACUUGAAACUGGCUUCUCCGUAUGUUGAAGGCCCAUUUCUCAUUCGCCCAUGGUGAUGGAUCUCCCUUGCAUUACAGACAAUAAUUAACAAACCUGACCCUGCAUGCAGUUUAUUCACUCAUUUCUAAUUAAUUGCUGUCUGUCACGCCCUGACUCAGGGGACUCUUAUAUGUUGAGUCAGGGUGUGUAUAUUCUUUGUUGUGUAUGUGCUACGAUCUAGUAUGUAUGGUUCUAUGUUGGCCGGUGUGGUUUCCCAAUCAGAGGCAGCUGUCGUUCGUUGUCUCUGAUUGGGGACCAUACUUAGGCAGCUAUUUGGCACUAGUGGGUUGUGGGAUCUUGUUCCGUGUAAGGUAUGUUGUUUGUGUCUACCUUGGACUUCACGUUUCAUUUAGUUUGUUGUUUGGUCGUUGUGUUUAUUCGUUAUAAUAAACAUGUAUGCAUAUCACGCUGCGCCUUGGUCCGUCCCGUCAUUGAACGAACGUGACAGAAGAUCCCACCAGACCUGGACCAAGCAAUGUGCUGAGGAGGAGCAGAGAGGAUGGACUUGGCAGGAGAUAAGAGAGGAUCUGGCAUGAAAGAUGGAGGCCCUGAAAGGGAUCAGGGUGGAGAGGCAACCCCAAUAAAAUGUUGGGUGGGGGCACACGGUGUGGACGACGAGGCAGCAGGAGGCCGCGAUAGGGCGGAUCUGCUGGUUAGGAGAGGAGGCCACCAGAUUACGGGGGCUAUUGGUUCAGAGGGAGCAGGAGGUAUUCGGUCAGAGGGAGGCGCUACAGGAGGCUAGAAGGGAGAAGGAAGGUGUAGAGGCACGGCGAGAGGAGCUGGUUAGGCAGCAGAAGGAGCAGGGGUUAAUAAAGGAACCCAGUCCUGCUCCUCGCACCAAGAAAGUGGUGCGUGUCGCCAGUCCGGUCCGGCCCGUUCCUGCUCCCCGCACCAAGCCAGUGAUGCGCGUCGCCAUCCCGGCCCGGCCUGUUCCUGCUCCCCGCACCAAGCCAGUGGUGCGCGUCGCCAGCCCGGCCCGGCCUGUUCCUGCUCCUCGCACCAAGCCAGUGGUGCGCGUCGCCAGCCCGGCCCGACCUGUUCCUGCUCCUCGCAGCAAGCCAGUGGUGCGCGUCGCCAGUCCGGCCCAGCCCGUUCCUGCCCCUCGCACCAAGCCAGUGGUGCGUGUUCCUAGUCAGGUCCGGCCCGUGCCUGCUCCUCGCACCAGACCAGUGGUGCGUUUGUCCAGUACGGCACGGCCCGUGCCCGUUCCACCGGUGCCUGGUCCGGGACCGGUCAGCUGCUCCACUCCGGAGCCAGAGGAGUCCGCUCCACCGGUGCCUGAUCUAGUUCCGGUCAGCUGCGCCACUCCGGAGCCAGAGCAGUCCGGUCCACCGGUGCCUGAUCUAGUUCCGGUCAGCUGCGCCACUCCGGAGCCAGAGCAGUCCACUCCACCGGGGUCCAGUCCAGCUCCGGUCAGCGGCUCCACUCCGGAGCCAGAGCAGUCCGCUCCACCGUUGCCUGAUCCAGCUCCGGUCAGCGGCUCCACUCCGGAGCCAGAGCAGUCCGCUCCACCGGUGCCAAGUCCAGCUCCGGUCAGCGGCUCCAGUCCAGACCAUGACGUCAGCCCCUCUUCAGGUUCGGGGUCUCCCACACCAGGGUCCAGACAGGGCCUGGCGUAUCGUGGGAGGAAGGAGAGGGGAAGUAGCGUGCCGAGGUCCAGACCAGACCAGGGGCGCAACAGGGAGGCGGAGAGUGAGAGGUCGUCACGCCCCGAGCCGGAUCCGCCUCCGAGGCGGAAUGCCCACCCGGCCCCUACCCUGUUAUGUUUAUGUUGUGCGGUCGGAGUCCGCACCUUUGGGGGGGGGGGGGGGGGGGGGGGGGUAAUGUCACGCCCUGACUCAGGGGACUCUUAUAUGUUGAGUCAGGGUGUGUAUAUUCUUUGUUGUGUAUGUGCUACGAUCUAGUAUGUAUGGUUCUAUGUUGGCCGGUGUGGUUCCCAAUCAGAGGCAGCUGUCGUUCGUUGUCUCUGAUUGGGGACCAUACUUAGGCAGCCUAUUGGCACUAGUGGGUUGUGGGAUCUUGUUCCGUGUAAGGUAUGUUGUUUGUGUCUACCUUGGACUUCACGUUUCGUUUAGUUUGUUGUUUGGUCGUUGUGUUUAUUCGUUAUAAUAAACAUGUAUGCAUAUCACGCUGCGCCCUGGUCCGUCCCGUCCUUCAACGAACCUGACACUGUCAGAGAAAAUGUGUUUUCGGUGCGUUGUGUUGCAGCCAAUUUUGUUCUCGUACACCUCCGUUGCUCCUACAGGUUAUUCCUGUCCUUUCUCCUGUAUAGCGCUGUCCUGUGGGAUUCAUUAAAAGCAGGAUUAGCCAUUUACAGCAUCUCUGUAAAUCUCCCCAUGCAGGGUGGUGGUAGAGAGGAGGUCCACUUUCCCCUCUUUCUUCAGCUGAGGAUGAAGGAGCUGAGGAUUAAGGAGAUUAAGGACCAAAGUCUUAAUGGAGGGAACAAAAAGAGAGCAUUUCUAUAACUCACCUGGGGGCAGAGAGAGAGAAAUCACGUCUGCUGCUUUCCUUAAUUGAUCCAAGCUUUUCUACCAGCUCUCUUUUCCAUGGGUUGAUAGAGAGAUGGGGCCUUGAGUUUCUGUGCCUGGAGGGCUGUCUGAGCAUCUUCCUCUAAUCUGUGAUAAUGGACAGAACGGAGUCUGUGUCUGUGUGUGUCUGUGCGUGCCCUCGUGUGUUACUAGGCCUGCUAGAGCAAUGCACUAUGGUUUUGGGGAUGACAUUCCAGAUGUGUUGUACUGGACAUCCACAGAGCCCAAUUUGAAUUGAAAAAAGAAAUACCAUUUUGAUUAGCUUGCGUGUUAGACCCUCCCCUGUCAGUCUUUAUAUAGAAAAUAAUGAGCAGCUAUAAGCAAACUGUGAAUAUCGGGGAUGGCAGCAGCCUUUGCACAUUUGGAAAGCAGUUGCCUUGGUUGUGCGCACAGCUUCUCUCUUUCUCAUGGCUGAGAUGUUUCUGCUCAUCUAUAGGUGCCAUGCUAGAGAGCGGCAUCCUGAGAGAGUUUACCAUCUCCUGAGACAAAGGAAGCCCAAUUGAAGAUUACUAUGUUUAGCACAGAGUUGAUCAUUCUUAAUUCCCAAGGGUGGAGGAUGAGACCAGAAGGGUUUUAUUAUCUGUUUUUCCAUUACUUUGCCUUUAAUGUGCUGGAGAAUGUAUCUAUCAGCCAGCGAUGGGCAAUUAAAGUUUAGAGUAAAGGGAAAGCUUUAGUUGUCUCUAAUGAGGGCUUACAGCCAAAUCUUCAAUUGAAUGCUUAUUACUUCCUGCUUUAGUGUUCCCAGCCCAUGUCAUCACUCUCUCCCCUUCCUGCUGCAGUAAAUACAUUAAAACAGCUCCUUUCAAAUGUUGAUAACUGAAGCCAAGAUGUUAUUAUGGAGAUGUUCAUUCAGAUUGUCACGGUGCUCGAGAAUUCACUUUUUUUCUGCAUGAAAGAAAUGCCCUGAUAGCAGAGACAAAAUCAUGUAUUUAGGCACAAGUACUAAUGUGAUGGAAAAGAAGCUAACACAGCCCAGCACACAUGUUCACAGUGCCAUGGAUUGGAGAGUGAUAGAUACACAUAUUUCCUGUCAGAGAGAGAGCUGUAACUCACUAAUCAUUCCAUAUCACAUUUUAAUCCUGUUUUCUUUCAAACCCCUCUUUUUGCCAUUGCACUAUGAGGACUCGUGUUUUGUUUCUUGUCCCAGCUCGCACACUGCUCAGUGAGCCCCACAACUCACUGUGUCAUCAGAUGUACUGUAUGUCUAGUGGUAUUUCCCAGCAGGCAUUGCUUCUGUCCUACUGUGUCUUACACUCUCAUUCUCCCCCACUGUUCAUGCUUUCAUUCCUCUAGUGCUGUGCUCUACUGCCCUCCUGACAAAGAGUAAUGCAUUCAAUAUGGCAGAGCAUAUUAUACUACAUCAGCUCAUCAAAUUAAAAUGAUACCGAUAAUGAUGUGGAGAGUACAACAAUUGCGACAGCAAAAUUACCACUUAGUGCCGGAGAGUAACAGAAUCUCACCCCAUAGAUGCAAAAUGACAGCUGGCACAUAGAAGCAAUUCUUAAAUUGUCAUUUAAUGAGUGUCCUAACUGGUUGAAUUGUAAACAAGUCUUAAAAGGACGGAUUUGCAGUGUAGUUUUUCAUGAGUGGAAGAGAUAAAUUACAAUAAUGUUCUCGACAAGUAUCGACAAGUAUCUUCCAUUUGAUCAGUGACAGUGUAUUCUCCAUUGUAACAGCAACAACAGUUUUAUUGUAUGAUUGAUUUACUCUACUUUACAUUUUAGUGACAAAAGAUUUUCCGCCUUGGGAUUUGGUGCCAGAAUUCCACCCAAUUAUGAGGUGAGUGUUAUCUUGUUUAGUUGUUAUAAUCUUUUCCCCCACUGCUUAUUUUCCCUCCAUCCUCCCUCCUCUUGGUAUUUGCCCAUGCCCUGAGUCUAUAUAUUGAACAGGCUGAUUGCCCUAUUUCCUGACACCAUUUGUCACUCUGUCAAAAUCUCACAUUUCAGAUUCAUAAUUGAGUUUAUUUUUAUUCAUCAGCCCCUUCUCUGGAAAUGCCAACCUGUCCACGAGAAAAUAACAUGUUCUGAGGAAGUUAGAAUAAUUACAAGCGGGCAGUGUGGAGCAAGGUUCCUUGGUGUUGAUGGCCACUUGUCAGAAGGUUUCAGGAGCGAGAGAGGGGCGUUUAUUUAAGCAGAUUUGGCCUGGAGAACAGAGACCCGGCUGUUGUUUUAACUAGCACCCUGGGGAGAGGGUUUGAAGUGACACACACACACACACAUCGCUUUCAGACACACAGACUGCUUCCAGAGAUGGAGAGUCACAUUACAGGCACACUGGAAGUACUGGCAGGUCAACAGACAGAGAAAAGAUAAAAGAAGGCUAUCAGGAUCUGCUUCUGUUCUGUUCUGUGCAUUGGCUUAUAAAUAGUCUUGACUACUGUACGUUCUGUAAUUAUGGCUUAAUGACAUCUGUCUUGUCAAAGGUACACACAUUGGACAGAAAAUACUGUUGUUUUGAUAGGAUAGAAAAAUGCCACGUCUGAACUAUUUCUGUACCCCAGGCCGCUAAAAUGCUACAAAUCCAAAUCACUAAAUUCAGCAUUGUUGCAGUCACUUACAAUAGACCAAGAGCCCAAAGCUGUUGUAUUUACCCAAAAUAGUAAAAGAUGUCAAAAGGCUGUGUGUCUGUGGCUUUGUAUAAUAAGAUAACUGGACCACUUCGUAUCAGGAACAGGGUAAUUCUCAUACUCAAAGUAAGCUUUAUGUGGACUUGUCAUAUACUUUCAUUUAUUCCAGCGCUACUCCAGACUUUCAAAAGAUCGUAAAAUGUGGACUGAAAUAAAUGUGUCCUUGUAUAUCGAAUGAGGCAUAGGGAUUUUGUGUCUACACUAAUAUUCCAGCACAACAAUGUCCGACCUCGUUUUUUUCCCCCCAACAAACAGGUGUCCCAUGACUUUGCCAUCAAUUUCAACCCAGAGGACGAUGAAUGUGAAGGUAAGAGAGAUGAAGCCUCCUCUGGGUACCUUAUACUUCUGAACCUCUCAGCAGCUCUGCCCGACCCUCCAUCAAUCUCUACCGCUGACAUUUUACAAUGAAAAACGAGCAUACUGGAUAGCAUGUGGAGCCUGAGAGUGCUUUUCCCGCUCUCAGAAUCCAUCUUUAAUGAACACAGAGCCCUACAAAUUCACAUUUCCAGUAAUACUUUGAUCCCUAGUUAUUUAUGCUCCAGCCCACCUGUCUCCCUCCCUCCCUCCCUCGGUCCCUCAAUGUGCUACUUCAAGGUGUGUACCCACAGUAGAACGUGUGUGUGUGUGUGUGUGUGUGUGUGUGUGUGUGUGUGUGUGUGUGUGUGUGUGUGUGUGUGAUCAGAGAUCCAGGGGGUGGUGGAGGCCUACCAGAACUGCCUGCCUAAGAUCCAGCUGUACGGCCCCACCAACGUCACUCCCAUAAUCAGCAGGAUAGCCAAGCUGUCAGCAGGAGAGGAGACCAUCAAAGAUGCCUCAGUAAGUGUCCUUUACUGCUGUAAUGGAGCGAUGUACAGUACAGGCCUGCAUGAUAUGGAUUUAAAAAAAAUUCUCCAUAACUCUGAUAUCCCACCCAUUGAGCCUCCCUGGAUGAGCUGUCCCAGGCUCAGCUCAGUUUUUACACAAUUAAUACCAGUCAGCCAAGACAGACCAUGUAGGUGUAUGAUUGAGUGUAGAAAUGAAAAACGUGAUAGUGAUGUCAUUCACUAUUAAAUGUGUUUGUCUACUUAAGUGAUAAUGCCCAAGAAGCCGGUGUUUGGAGGAUAUUGGCACGGUGUUGUUAGUCUCGGGCCAGCAAACCGUGCCAAUAUAUCCUCCAAACACCGUAUUUGAGGGAAUUAUCACUUUUAUACAAUGGGUUACCAACAAAUUCAAAUAAUGAUUGACAUAUUUCCAUUAAAAGUUAUUUUGAUUAAUUUAUUCAUACUAUUUUGUCCUUUCACAAGAUAUAGUCCCGGCACAAAUCUAGGAUUGCUACCCAAGCCGGCUGGUUCGGUUGCCAGAGACACGACCCAGUCGUUAAGUCUUUUUAUUCUAUAUCUAUGGACGUUCAUUCUAAAUGUUCCGUUGUCAUGCUGGCUGGCAACGUUCUUAUCCCCUUAUUGCUAGCUAGCCAACUUGGGCUAACACAGUCAUAUCAAACAGUGCAGCCAGAAUAACAGAAAAGUAGCUGCAUUUGUGUUUGUUUAAGCUCUUUUCUAGUGACAUUGAGCUAAUGAUGAGCGAUUUUGCCUGGCAUAGAACAUUUGGUCUCUCACCAGGACACUGUUUGGAGGAGCUAGCCAACGGCACAGCUAACACAAUUACUUCAAACUGAAGCUCGAAAGACAGCAAACUAGCUGCAUUUCGUUUCGUUUGACCUGUUUUUCUAUGGACAUUUAUUUGUGUAUAUAUCCAUCAAAAUGAUGCUGGCUGAGAAAAGCUGCCUGCCUGUCUGUCUCGUCCUGACUCCCAAGUCCCAACACGUUGAUUACUAUCAGACAGCUGGAAAUCAAAUUUCAAUAUUGAAACAAUGUUGCAAAUAUCAGAGAGACAGACAGCAAGGUUUAUACAAAUCUCUGCUGUUGAAAACCAAAUACUAGUCUAAAAGAAAGGGGAGAUAAUGUCUAGAUGCUUUUUUACAGUGGAGAUCAAGUUUAUAAAUUGCCUGCUUGGGCUGAUGAGACAGUGGAUUGCGCAGUGAGAUGGAACAGUAAAUAGGCAUUUCAUAGCCUUAGCCGGUGGUAACUUGUGGAAUAGACACCGGCUGGAACUCGGUUUUAACCAAUCAGCAUCCAGGAUUAGACUCACCCCAUUGUAUAAAUCUGUAAUAAUUUCUUGAGGUUCUGCAUAAGAACCUUUAAAAUCUCUCAAUUAAAUGCGGUAAGGUUUGAGUUAACAAGAAUGCCCAAGGCCAUUAAUAUCAAUGUGUUCCUACAUUAGUUUGCCCUCUGGCUAUUCCCAUUACAUUUUAAACACUUUUCCAUUACUCUGGCCAUUUCUUCUGCUUCGUCCUUGUACUGAUCUUCAUUUAUUAUUCAAUCAUCCCUUCUUCUCCUGAUCAAUAAAUGAGACCAAAGGAUCAAUGCAAAGAGAAUUCAGGACGAGUUAAAACUGCAGCCGGGGCACUUUCAUCACUAGGGACUCAUGGGACAUCUGAGAGCAGAAUACAUAGGAAUACACUCAUAGACCUCAUAUGUAAAAUCCACUGAUUCCGACUUUUGCAAAUGUAGGAUAUCUGUAGAUGUUGAGGAUUUUCUCAUUCAUAUUGAUAUCCUGCAGGGAGAGAGAGAGGUGUUGAUGAGACUAGAGAUUAAUACAGGAUGAAGUUUCUCAGUGUUUCUCAGUGGGAGCAAUCAGAUUUCAGAGGAUAAUGUGUUACACACAGACAAGCCAAGGGCACUGAAGUGUGUGGUGACAAAGGUUAACACGCAACCGCAACCCUCUCCUCUCCUCUUUCCUCUCUCCUCCAGCGUUACCACAUCCUGCUGAUCCUCACGGACGGCGUGGUGACAGACAUGGCGGACACACGCGAGGCCAUCGUACGCGCCUCCUACCAGCCCCUGUCCAUCAUCAUCGUUGGCGUGGGCAAUGCAGACUUCACAGACAUGCAGAUCCUGGACGGGGAUGACGGGGUGCUGCGCUCGCCCAAAGGAGAGCCCGUCCUCAGGGACAUUGUGCAGUUUGUGCCCUUCAGAGACUUCAAAACGGUCAGUAUUCCCCUCCUUCCCUUCCUCUUUCUAUACCUCCAUCACUCCAACUCUCCUUCCUUCCCUACCUCCUUCUACACUCUGCUAUGCCACAGUCAUAUUCCAACCAAGGCCAAAAGAACAGAGAGGUGUGGGUCUCCAAGGUCUCAGAAACUGAAGUACUUUUUAUAAUAGCGAUGCUGGUGGCCAUUAAGUCUCCCAGUGUGACCUCCAAAGCCCCUUCAGUAAUAGCAUUACCCUCCAAUGGGGCUUUGAAGACAAGCUAACAGCCAGGCAGCCUCUCAUCUGCUGGCUUCAGAAAUACCUCCUAAGAAAAAAAAUAAUGUCACCAGCAAAGAAAAUCCAUUAAUUUUGAAAAGGUUACGAUGAAAAAUGCAGAAAAUACCUCCAAAAGCUUGAUGCGAUUUGUCUGUGUGCUCCCCAAAGCCCUCUUUCCUUUUGACCGCUGCCCAAACAACGGAAAACACAAAUCACUCGUUCCAUUCUUCCUUUGUUAGAUUAAAAAACAAUUUGCCUGGAGUUUCAUUGGAUUUGGGUGCCACUGAAAAUGAUUGCUUUAACCCUUUGGGGUCUUGUGUCAGAACUGUCCAGACUACAGUUGUGUUCUGUUUUUCACAGGCCUCGCCCAGCUGCCUUGGCCAAAUGUGUCCUGGCGGAGGUGCCCAACCAGGUGGUGGAGUACUACAGUCACAAGGCCAUCUGCCCCAUGCCGCCCUGUCCCAUCAUGUGA